UAGCAGAGGUCUGGGAGGAAAGGCAGGUGGUGGGGUGGAGCCAGCAUAAAGGAGGCCUGAGGAGCUGCUGAGGCUAGGAAGGCCUUUCUGGGACAGCCCUGGAUAUUGCUGGGUGUUAGGGGGUGAAACUGGGAGGAUAAAGAGUGGGAAAAAGAAGAGCCCACAAAGUAACAGAGACUGGCUACAGGAACCAUCCCAUGGCCAGGGCAGAGGUGCCAAGGCAGCUGUGGAAGCAGAUCCCUGGGGACAUUUGGAACUAUCUAUGAAACAAAUGUUGACCCUCUGGUGGUUCUGGCCUCUGCUGGCCAUCUGUGCUUCCGACUCAUUCCGGGACCGGGCGCUGGAAAUCAUGAGAAACACACCAGUCAUCGACGGGCACAACGACUUGCCUUGGCAACUGCUGGAUUUGUUCAACAACCAGCUGCAGGACCAGAGGGCGGACUUGAACACGCUGACUAAAACACACACCAACAUCCCUAAGCUGAAGGCUGGCUUUGUGGGGGGCCAGUUCUGGUCUGCUUACUUGCCUUGUGACACCCAAAACAAAGACGCUGUGAAAAGAAUUUUGGAACAGAUGGAUGUCGUACACCGAAUGUGCCAGCUCUAUCCCGAGACCUUCUUGUGUGUCACCAAUAGUUCAGAUAUCCUACUGGCUUUCCAGAGUGGGAAAGUGGCCAGUCUGAUUGGUGUGGAAGGCGGCCACCUGAUCGACAGCAGCCUGGGCGUCCUGCGGGCACUCUACCAUCUGGGCAUGCGGUACCUGACCCUCACCCACAACUGCAACACACCCUGGGCCGACAACUGGCUGGUGGACAAAGGAGAUGACAAGGCUGAGAGCCAAGGAUUGUCAGACUUUGGGAAGCGCGUGCUGAAGGAGAUGAACCGCCUGGGUGUCAUGAUUGACUUGUCUCACGUGUCUGUGGCCACCAUGAAGGCUGCUCUGCAGCUAUCCAAGGCUCCAGUCAUAUUCAGCCACUCCUCUGCCUACAGCCUGUGUCAACACAGGCGGAACGUACCUGAUGAUGUACUCCAGAUGGUGAAGAACACAAGCAGUCUGGUGAUGGUUAACUUCUAUAGUGAGUUUGUGUCCUGCUCAAAGGAUGCCAACUUGUCCCAAGUGGCUGACCACCUGGACUACAUCAAGAAGGUGGCGGGCCCUGGGGCUGUAGGCCUUGGAGGAGAUUAUGACGGUGUUUCCAAGCUUCCUGUGGGGCUGGAGGAUGUUUCCAAGUACCCAGAUCUGAUAGCGGAACUUCUCAGGAGGAAAUGGACGGAGCCCGAGGUCGAAGGUGUACUAGCUCACAACCUGCUUCGGGUCUUCUCUGAUGUGGAAAGGAUAAGCAAUGACAUGCAAGGCAUGCAAGGUCCUGAGGAAGAGCCUAUCUCCCUGGCCAAGCUGGAAGGCGCCUGCAGGACACGCUACGGCUACUCACAGGCCCCCAGCAUCCACUUCCAGAGAGGGGCCCUGUUGGCCUCCCUGGCUCCCCUGCUCUUCAGUCUGCAUCUCCUGUGACAUCCUAAGGACCAGAACCUCCUUCAGAGUGCUCAGAGCUCAUGGAACACUGGACAAGCCCAGGGCUCUGCUGCCCAUGCAAAACCACACCCUCUCCGGAACAAGCAGUGUGCCUACCUGGGGACAGCUCAAGGCACAGGCCUUCAAUAAACACAGCUCUUUAAGUCCUGA